AUGUCUCUUCUCCCGCUUCAAAGCUUACUGCUGGUACAGGCCCAAACUCUCCAACAACGCAGAGCGAAUGAGAAAUACGCCAGACAAGAGGCUGCCAAGAGAGGCAAACCAGAAAGUGCCAUUAAACAAAAGCAAAAGUUCAGUCCACCAAUAUCACCACUCUGGAUAGGUGUCCUAGUCUUUGUGCUUUGCGGUGGCAUCAUAUUCGAGCUCUUGAGACUCUUUUUCUAA